GUAGACACCGGGCGGGCUCCCCCGGUGGCAGACGCCAGGGCUGCACAUACCCGGUCCCUGUGCCGCCUGCUCCCAGCACGUCCUCCUCUCCCCACCCUCGCCCUCCUGCCAUGGACGGGCCUGCCGAGCCCGGGAACCAGGCCGCGUGGGAACCCUAUGAGAAAAACAUCUCGGAAAUCAGCCAGAAUUUGUCAGGCGAAUACUUCAGGUACAAAGGCAUCCCCUUCCCCGUCGGCAUCUACUCACCCGAGAGCAUCAGCAUGGCAGAGAACGCGGAUGUGCAGGAUGACGACAUCUUUAUCGUCACCUACCCCAAGUCAGGCACCAACUGGAUGAUUGAGAUCAUCAGCUUAAUCCUCAAGGAUGGGGACCCCUCUUGGAUUCACUCGGUACCCAUUUGGAAGCGGUCACCCUGGUGUGAGGCCAUCAUGGGUGCCUUCAGCCUCCCCGACCAGCCCAGCCCCCGCCUCAUGAGUUCUCACCUCCCCAUCCAGCUCUUCACCAAGGACUUCUUCAACUCCAAGGCUAAGGUGAUCUACAUGGGCCGGAACCCCCGGGAUGUUGUGGUUUCGCUCUAUCACUAUUCCAAGAUUGCCAGGCAGUUGAAGGACCCUGGCACGCCUGACCAGUUCCUGCAGAACUUCCUCAAAGGCGAAGUGCAGUAUGGCUCCUGGUUCGACCACAUUAAGGGCUGGAUUCGGAUGCAGGGCAAGGAGAACUUCCUGUUUAUCACCUACGAGGAGCUGCAGCAGGAUCUCCACAGCUCCGUGCAACGCAUCUGCCAGUUCCUGGGCCGGCCGCUGGGUGAGGAGGCGCUCGAAUCCGUCGUGGCACACUCGUCCUUCAAUGCCAUGAAGGCCAACACCAUGUCCAACUUCACGCUGCUGCCCCCCAGCCUGCUGGACCAGAGCCAUGGUGCCUUCCUCCGGAAAGGUGUGAGGACUCGGGGGCUCCAAGGCUCAUGAGACCACUGCCUGGCUGUGUGGCUUGGGCUAGUUACUUAACCUCUCUGGGCCUAUUUCUCUAGCUCUUACAUGGGGUGCUUGGAGCAGAACUGCAUUUAUGGGGUCACUGUGGACCCAGGAUUGACUCUGCACACAGGGCUUGGCAAGGGGCCUGUCCUCCCAAGCCCACCACUCCCAGAGAGCUCUAAACUGGAAGAAGACGCUUGAGUACAUUUUCUUCAUAGCCAGCUCCAAACCACUAUGAGGCUAUUUCAAGUCUUCGUGAACCCUUCUUAGCAUUAACGUUCACCCCAGAAAUAUUCAAGUGUUGGAUUCAGGGUGAGGGUGGAAAUGUAUUAGUUUCCUGUUCCUGCUGUAACCCAAUACCACCAACUUAACUG